UUUUUUUUUUGUUUUUAAUUUUUUUUAUUAAAUAAUAAAAAAGAAAAUUGGAAAAAUGUUUAGUGCUACUACAUACUUGAUCCUUAUUGUGGUCUUUUCGUUGAUAGCCCUUAUCAUUAAGGACCGUAAAGCUAAUGGUAAAAAACAAAAAAGACUUAGUCGCGUAGUCGUGGAUCGGGGUGAAAAAUUAAAUAAUAACAAAAUAGAAAAUCUUAUUGAGGCUCCUGGACCGAGACCCUUUCCUAUUAUAGGCUCGCUUCAUAUUCUUGGUAAACACGAUUUUCCUUACAAGUCAUUUAGUGAACUGGCCACCUAUUACAACAGUCAAGUGAUUAAAAUAACUUUAGGAAGACUUCCGUGUGUUAUUAUUAACGGAUUAGAUAACAUUAAAGAAGUACUUUUUACGAAAAAUUAUGAUUUUGAUUCACGUCCUAAUUUUGUGAGAUACAACAGACUUUUUGGUGGUGAUAAAGGCAACUCAUUUGCGUUCUCAGAUUGGACAGAGUUGCAGAAAUCUCGUCGCGAGAUGCUCCGCAACCAUACAUUCCCUCGUGCCUUCACUUAUAGGUAUCACGAGUUGAAUGUAAUGAUUGCUUCGGAAGUGGAAAACCUGUUGGCUCACCUUGACAGACCAGUGGAUCCAAUGAAGGUCGCGGUCAAACCGCUUGUACUUAAUACAUGCGCUAAUAUAUUCACCGGUUACUUAUGUGGACAAACAUUUGAUUGGUCCGACAAUUGUUUCCGUCAGAUGGUUAAAAAUUUUGAUAUGAUAUUCUGGGAAGUUAAUGAAGGAUAUGCUGCCGAUUUUAUACCAAUGCUUCUACCCUUCCACCGUAAUAAUAUUAAAAAAAUAGUUCAAGCUACUCACGAUAUUCGUAAAUUUGUCGUUCAACGUAUUGUUGCUGAUAGAAAACAAAAUUGGAUUCCGAAAAAUACAGAUGAGUCUGAGUCGGGGGGAUUUGUUAACCAAGAGCAAGGCUGCUAUUUGGAUAAUCUUAUUGAACAUAUACAGACCAAUGGUUCUCCCCAAAUGACUUGGGAUAAUGCUCUUUACGCUCUUGAAGAUAUUAUUGGUGGUCACGCGGCUAUUGGAAAUUUUCUCGUUAAAAUAUUUGGAUACUUGGUCACCCAUCAGCACAUACAAAAACAAGCCCAAAAGGAUAUUGAUUCUUUAAAUAUUAAUGAUAAUACUGUUGGAUUGGAGUACAAAAAAAGCUUACCAUAUAUUGAGGGAAUUAUUUUAGAAGCAAUAAGAUUAAUUGCAAGUCCAAUAGUCCCUCACGUUGCCAACAAGGAUAGUUCUGUUGCUGGAUACAGAAUUGAAAAAGAUACAUUUAUAUUCUUAAAUAAUUAUCAGCUAAGCAUGUCUAAUGAAUUAUGGAAAAAUCCUGAAGCCUUCGACCCUACAAGAUUCAUAACGUCUGAGAAUAAAAUUUUAAAACCAGACUUUUUCCUUCCAUUCGGAGGAGGCAGAAGAUCCUGUAUGGGCUACAAACUUGUACUUUACGUAAGUUUUUCGGUACUUGCAAGUUUACUCAAAAAUUUUACAAUUCUUCCGUCAGAAAAUCAAGUUUACAAAGUACCAAUUGGUAAAUUAGCGUUACCUGAAGUAACUUUCAACUUUAGGUUUGAGCGACGAUAGAUAAUAAAUAAAUAACUUGAUUAAUCCUACUAAAAUGAUUGAUGCAUUUACUAAAAAAAGGAAUAGAUAAAAGAAAAAAAAAGAAAAUGGCUCAAAUUUUUAAUGAAAUUAUUAGAUUGUUAAUUAGUCAAUUUUAUUAUCAAUGUUUGGCAUUGAUAUAGACUGUUAGGUUAAUUUUCUUAUCAUAAUA